CGGAAGUGGCAUAUUUGAAAACUGUCAGUUACCUUCGAGCCUUUUUUUUAAUUUUGCGGUGUCUGCUGCUGCAGAACCCACCAGAAGAACAACUGGUCCGUUCACAAGGGAUUACUGACAGCAAAAACACGAUGGAGGAAGAGGAACAUACAGACAGAAAGCAGCAACUUGCCAGGCUUUGUCAAAAGCUCAACAAAAUUAAAAAGUACCUCAAUGAAGAUGACACGGACAAUAUUAACCAGGUCAUCAGCUCCAACUUGCCCGAAUCAUGCCUUGCAUAUUUAAUGGACCUGGAGAAGAAGGGAGACCCUCACUCAGAUCAUAACCACCUCACCAAGCUCUUUGACAGUUAUGCCAGAGUGUUCUCUAAUAUGCCUCUGCUAAAACAUUGUCAGAAUGAGAGCUAUGCCAGAAUGUUGGUCAGAUUUGCAGAGCUGAAAGCAAUUCAAGAUGUCAAUGAGGCAGACGCCCACUUCAAUGUGGCAACAUCGAACAGCCAGAACUUUGCAUUUGUCCACAUUGCACAUGCAAAGUUUGAACAUUCACGAGGCAACACAAAGAGAGGCAUUUACAUAUUGCAGGAGGCAGUCGAAGUGGGCGCCAAGCCAAAGGAACUGCUGGAGGCUGCCUUGCAGACCAUGCAGACAGGGAAAACACAACCAUUUUGUUCAGAAGAUAAGGAAAAUCUUCCAUCAUUACCAAACAGUAAUGUACCCGAUUCCGUCAAAAAAGGCUCAGAAUUGCUAAAAGUAAGCAGAAUAUCAGAUGGGACAGGCGACUUGCAGCUCUCCAGUAUUUUUGUUUCAGGCAUGGAGCCCCUCAGCGGAUCAGAUGACCAACUACCAGGCUGGAGAUCAGGAUCUCAACGCAAGAGAGCAGCUGGCAUGCCAAGGAGAGUUCCUGUGGUUCCUUUCUCCAUCCCAGAAAAGGAUGAUGAUGACGACAACCACAUUAAAGAGAAGCCUUCUACAAGAAACGACGCACUAAUUCCCAAUAGUCUGUCCAGACAAACAUCUGCAUCCAGUGUGAACUCAACAGUCGGGCUGUCCUCCACAAAGAGAAUUGCUGUCGAUCGGGAUGUUCAGCCACCAGCUCUCAGUCCAGCGCAGUAUCCUUGGGAGGACCAGGCAGCUGUGGACUCUACCACCACACUUCUUCAUUCACACGAUACAAGGGACGCUUCGAGACUAGAAGAUGUAACCUACAAUUUCGAUCAGGUCAUCAGUUCCAAGUCUCCUGAGUCAUGUUGGACAUACCUCACAAACCUGGAGAAAAGAGGAAACCCUCAUACAGACAUCAGCCUCCUUAAUAAGCUGAAGGACUGUUAUUCUAAAAUCUUCUCCAGGCUGCCGAUCAGACAGUACAGCAAAAAUGCCAGCUAUGCCAGAAUACUAGUCAGAUACGCAGAACUGAAGGGGUUUGAGGACCAAGAUGAAGCAGAGGACCACUUCAUAGUUGCCAGAUCCAACUGCAAAGGCUUCGCUUUUGUCCACAUAGCACAUGCACAGUUUGAGGUCUCUCAAGGUAAUGUGAUCAAGGCAACUUCAAUUCUGCACAAAGCCCAGGUGUUGAAGGCCCGGCCAGCUGAGCUCCUGGACGUGGCCAUACGUAACCUUAAAGCUGGAGAAAAACGGCUCAUUCCCAUCCAGGCGGAGGAACUGGCCACAGAUUUUCAAACAGGUGCUCCAACAGUGCCCUCUUGUGAGGAGAACCAGGAAAUGCAGCUUCCUACUCGGGUCCCUGUAAACCGCUCAGUGGAUCAGCCACAGCCUGCAAGCAAGAAGCCUUUAUCAGAGUGGAAGAUCCCAACCCUGGUCAACCGGCAUGUUUCUCCAGAGGAUAAACGGACGACACCUCCUGACCCCAGACCUGUUCCCCGUCUGGUGGAGUCUUUUCGAACUCCGUCCCUCCAACUUCCAACCAGACUGAACCCACAACCAGUCUGCCAGACCCCGAACAACUACAAAAACCCCAGUGCUAACAGCUUUAUUACUCCUGUUGUAAAGAGAGGCCAUGAAGUGUCUUCAUCUGCAGCAGCGGCACACAGAGCUGGACCUGUUCAGCAGCCGUGCACACCAGUAAACCAGCCGGCAUGUCUCCAGACUCCACAGGCUCCCCUCAGUGCGUUUUCAAAUGAUUGCAUUACCAUUAAGGGAAGGCAGUUCUUCAUCCUCAAGAUGAUUGGACGUGGUGGAUCGAGCAAGGUCUACCAGGUCCUCGACCACAAAAAGCAGAUGUUUGCUGUGAAAUACGUCGACCUCGAGGAGGCUGAUGCUCAGACGAUAGAAAGCUACAAAAAUGAAAUUGAACACCUGAACCACUUGCAGCAGUACAGCGAUCAAAUUAUAAAGCUCUAUGACUAUGAAAUAACCAACAGCUACAUCUACAUGCUGAUGGAGUGUGGAAACUUGGAUCUGAACACUUGGCUGCGAAAUCGCAAAACUGUGAACCCCCUGGAGAGGAAGUACUACUGGAAGAACAUGCUGGAGGCCGUCCAUAUCAUCCACAAACACGGAAUUGUCCAUAGUGACUUAAAGCCAGCAAAUUUUGUCAUCGUGAAUGCGUCGCUGAAAUUGAUCGACUUUGGUAUCGCAAACAGGAUCCAACCAGAUGUGACGAGCAUCAUGAAGGAUUCACAAGUAGGAACUCUGAACUAUAUGCCUCCUGAAGCCAUCAAAGACACUUCAUCACAGCCAGGAAAAGCACGCUCAAAGAUAAGCCCCAAAGGUGACGUGUGGUCGCUUGGAUGUAUACUGUACUGUCUGACUUAUGGGAAGACUCCUUUCCAGACCAUCACAAACCAGAUCACCAAGUUGCAUACCAUCAUUGAUCCUGCUCAUAAGAUUGAGUUUCCUGAGAUCUCUGAGAAGGAUUUGCUGGAUGUGCUGCAGAGAUGUUUGGUGCGAAACCCCAGAGAGAGAAUCUCUAUUGCAGAGCUGCUGGAGCAUCCAUAUCUGCAGCUGAAGCCACAAACAUCACCUGAACCAGAACGUCCAUCUAACAAUGAUCUCCAGAGGAUCCUAACAGACCUGGCAGCUCUGCAGUCUCCAAACAGCAUCAUCAGAGCUGCUAAUAAUUUGGCAAGAAUGUGCAGCAGUGGCAGGAAGUUGGAUGUUGCAGAGUGUGCAAAGUCAUCAUCUUAGCUCUCCUGAAAAAAUGUAGAUUUUUGUUUUACUUAUGAUCCUUUCUGAACCACUUAAGCACAGUUUACUGUUGUAAAAAGUUGACAUAUAUUAGUAUGUUUGUUUCCUUGAAAAAAAAUCAUUAUAUUGCUUCAUUUUUUUAGUGACAAUAAAUGUAAGAAUAUGCAGUAUAUAGCAUAGUCAAAUAAACAUGUAUUCAAAUGAA